AACCAGGGCACAAUGUUUUUCCAGGUUAGGUCUCUGGAAAAAACUCCUGGCCCUAAUCCCAUGUAAUUUGUUUCUCUUGAGCUCUUCAUAUGUUUUUCGAUAUUACUCCCUCUGAGUCUUCUCCCUCCACCCUCCCAUUCUGAAUGUAGUCUGUGUACCCAUAUUCAAAUUCCCAUUUCCCUUAAAUGACCUAACCAUCACAAUAGGGGAAUUUAUGUUCAGAAAUAGGGAGUGAGGAAGAAGGUGCCUGCACAUUUCAGUAGAUCAAACGCUGUGCCCGCGGUUGGUUUGAUUUUGUUCCGCUUGAGAGGGUACCCAGAACGAAGAAGUCUGUAUCCCAUCUGUUGAAGAAUGGACAGGAUUCAACAUCUGUUAUUAUGGGCUGUGUUGGUGGUGUGCUGUUUAGCUGAGCGGCAGUACUUCAUCCAGUCGAACCCAUCCACCUGGGAACAGGCCAGACUCCACUGCCAGGUGUGCUAUAAAGACCUGGUGAGCCUCACCCCUGACAACAACCUGCAACUCGUCCAGAACCUAAACUCUAGUUACUGGAUCGGCCUCCGCAAGACUAUUCGCAAUGACUCCUACCCCUGGUCCAGCUGGUCCAACGGAGACCCCCUCACCUUCCAGAACUGGUACCCUGGCCACCCAGUACUCUCCAAGCCCAAGGACCAUGUGAUGAAAGUUAACUACGGCUCCAGCCUCCCCAAUGAAUGUGGGUGUUCCUGCACCAAUGAGAGCAAGCCUACCAAUGUUACCCCGGCACCUACUGCUGCCGGUAGCUACAAUGAUACUGGUUACGGUAAUGAUACAGAUGACACUUUCCCAGAGGAUGAAAACAUGACAACGUUAUCAACGAUGGAAGCCAUGGCAAAGAUGAAAGUAAUAGAGAAAGCUGAGAGGACUACAAUGGCAACAGAGGUGACAACGAUGACAUCUGAAAUGACUACGGGACCAACGUUCUUUACAGGAGUUACUGGUGGCAUCAGUGGGACGAAUGAGACGGACACAGAUGAGAACCAGUGCAUAGCCCUAUACAGUUUUGGACUUUGGUUUGAUCAAAUCUGCUCAAAGCCUACCCCCUAUAUCUGCUAUGAAGACCGUUUCUACGGGAACGCCACCAUGACCAACAAGACCCUACACAACGGGACUCUGCACUGGACCCGCGGGCCUGGUGACAUCAGCGACUACAGGGUGGAGGUCAACUCCUCUGACUACAACCUGACCCUAAACCACAGCAACUUGAACCGGACUUACUUGACCUACGACCUUUCCAACCUCACCGCCGGCACCCAGUACAAAGUCCAGGUGUUCCCCAUUAAGUGUGGAAGGGACCUCAACCCACAGAACGUCUCCUUCUACACCAAGCCUGAUGUGAUCAAAUACCUCAACGUCACCAAGGUCUCAGAAACCAAGAUCGCCCUGUCCUGGUCCGCUCCUGAGGGCAACCGUGACUUCUACUACAUCCAGGUGAGGGGUCAACCUCAUCUGAAAAUGACCACACACACAGAGAGCGCUGUGGUGAAAGGCCUGAUACCGGGGGGGUACUACACAUUUGAUGUCAACGCCAAAGUGGAGGACGAGUCCAUGGAGGGAGACCCACUGAACAUCUCCUCCUACACCAAGCCAGGAAAGGUGUCAAACUUAAAGGUGUCUGAUCCUACUGCUGACUCUGUCCACCUCCAAUGGGAGCAGCCCGCAGGGAAUAUCUCUGGGUUUAGAGUGGACGUCUUGCAUGAAGAAAACGUCAAUAACAAGACGCUGAAAUACAUAGACCUGAACAAUACAAGUCUACGGGUCACGGAACUGCCGGCAGGCGCCAAGCUCUGGCUGAGCGUGGUAGCACUGGUGCCCGAUGCAUUUGUGAAAGGAGAGCCCAGCACCGUGAUUGCCUUCACCAGUCCAAGUGGCAUUACAGACUUAGAGUUGGUCCCUGCUACGUACACCAUCAAGGUGACCUGGACAGCUCCCACGGGCAACUACGAGACUUUCAGCGUUCAGCUCAAUCUAACCGCCUUGGAACAGGAAGUUGAAAAAAAGGAGCAAAACGCCAGUUCUCUCUCCUUCACGGGACUGAAGGCAGGAGCCGAAUAUACAGUGACAGUCACCACUCUGAAUGGGUAUCUCAAGAGCCAACCAAGUAGCAGAACAGUUUUCACUUUUCCUGUCCAACCGGAACCGGCCAAAAUCGACUCCUUCAGUGAGAGUCAUGUCACCCUGUCAUGGGGAGCCCCCAAGGCAUCCCAAGGCGUAGAACUGACGUACCUGGUCAAAUACACCACUGAAUUCUGGAAUUUGGCAAAGAAUGUCAUUGUGAAAAAUGCCACCACCUAUAUAUUUCAUGGGUUGCAUGCUGGGACCAACUACGACUUCGAAGUACGAGUGAAGGCGGGAACCCAGGAAAGCAGUCCGGUCACAGUAUCACAGAUGACAAUUGCUAAGAAGAGGGUUCUGACUAUUACCACGAAGUGUUCCUCCAGCGUACCCCUCCACUGCGAGGACAUCCGCACACAGACAGAGGUCCUGUCAAAGUUGCAGGAGCAUUUCCGCAAGGAGUUCUACAAGAAGAUAGAUAUUGUGUUCUGGGAACUGGACUGGAGAGAGGCAUAAUAUCUCACACAAGCUCGACCAAAUACUACUACUUUAAUACACAUUUAUGGGAAUUUGCCGCAACACUUUUGGUCCCCUAAAAUGGGGGUACUAUAUACAAAAAGCGCUGUAAUUUCUGCACGGUUCACCCGAUAUAAAUGAAAAUAUACUCAAAUUAAAGAGUACAGAGUACAUAUCUACUUUAACCUCGUAGUCACUGUAUCAUUUCAAAUCCAAAGUGCUGGAUUACAGAGCCAAAACAAAAACAACUACUUUCCCAAUACUUUGGGAGCUCACUGUAUGUGUGUUGAAUUCCUUGUCCUUGUUUUCAAGAUGUCAUGUUUUCUUUGCAAAUGCAUUUUAGUAACAUAUUGUCUCUUACCAAUUGUCAAAUGAAUCAAUGAAAAUGUACUUCAUCUGACUGCGGUGUGGAUAAAACGACAUUAUGUAAUCAACUUAGCUUUUCUAGUGUAAAACAAGUAUUUUCUAGUAAGUCUCUGUGCAUCUCAAUCAAGAAGGCACCUGAUGUUGAAGAUGAUUGGUUUUUCGAUUCAAACAAUUUUGCUUGUUUGACGCUAUACUGUUUUUUUGUAUUUUUUACAACAUGGUCGGCAACGUUACGUGGGGUAGUGGAUAACUAUUGGACUAUUUGUAGCAAAUAGCAAUCGAUAACUACUGUAUUGAACGACGAUGCAAUGCCCCAAACGUGUAAUUAAUUGGUGCACUAACCGAAAAUGUAGCAAUGUAGCAUUUUGCUCCAUUCCAGUAGUUAAAAAACACAAGUGAAAACUAAGUGCUUAGUGAGCGGAGACGAUGCCUGUCCAACAUUUCCAUUCUCUGAAACCAACCACGAAGCACAGCAGUUGUUCAAAGUAACUAGAUAGCUCGGGAGCUAAAUGGCUUCUCAUAUCUGUGAAAACCAAGGCUAUCUAAUGAGUUAUCUUCUUGACCUCAGAAUGUAAGCACGGGUACUACUAGCUAGCUAGUUAAAGGGACAUUCCACUCCAAAAUCUAAUGUUGUUAGAUUAUGUUUUAGACCUAUAUCAAGAUCCACAUCCCAUUACCAUCAAUUCCAAAUGAAUGGAAUUGGACAUUUCCAAACGAUCUCUCUUUGAAGAUGUGUUGCAACUCCGCUGUUGCGAGAAGUUCUCCACUAUAGCCUGCAAAAGCAUAUCCUUUCACCGGUAAUUAUGACACUCUUUUGUUUGGAGGAUGAGCAAUGAUGAAAGACGUGUUUUAUAUCAUCACAAUUUCCUAAAACUAGAAACAUUAUGGGCCAGUUUCCUGGAUACAGCGUAAGCCUUUUCCUAGUCUAAAAAACAUUCUCAAUGGAGAAUCUCCAUGUAAAUAUCUUUUUUAGUCCUGAUUGGGACUAAUCUGUGUCUGGGAAACUGUCCCUUAGUGUAUAAUCAGCAUGCGCAGUUAUUCUCUCAUUUCUUCAUUGCAUAGCAUACUUGUGCCCUAUACCAAAACCAACCCCUACCCCAUGGCACUUAUACCUUGUCCCCUGUGUCUUCUCCAUAGGUUUCCUAGGAACACAGAGCGAAGGCUCCAGUGGUGUUCUGCCCCCAUCUGACAAAGUCCUGACCAGCAGUGGAUCCCCAGCACCUAACGUUUGUUCCGCAGCAAACACUUCACCCACAACAUGUUUGACCUCACGGGCCAGAUGGUCAGACUGAGGGGCCAGAUGGUCAGACUGAGGGGCCAGAUGGUCAGACUGAGGGGCCAGAUGGUCAGACUGAGGGGCCAGAUGGUCAGACUGAGGGGCCAGAUGGUCAGACUGAGGGGCCAGAUGGUCAGACUGAGGGGCCAGAUGGUCAGACUGAGGGGCCAGAUGGUCAGACUGAGGGACCACACCGUACCCUCAGUCUUCAACUUCCGCCAGAGGGGGAAGAACCCGCCCUUCAUCAUCCAGGGCUUCCACUUCAGGGUGUCAGAGUCCACCGUGUCCCACGUCUGGAGCACCUGGAUGGAGCUUCUGCCGAGACGGAUGAGACGGGGAGAGGGUUGAAAAGAGAGUAUGCAGAGGGGAGAGUAGGGAGGGUAGCCUCUUGGUGGAAGGAGGGGGCAUAGGGAGGUAGAGGUGUGGGGAGAGUGGGAAACAGAGUGAGACCAAAAAUAAAUACAAAAUACAAAGAAAGUUUGAAUGAAACCUAGGUAACAUCAGAUUACGUACUGUACUUGCCCCAUAGCAUGAACUUGACUCUUAUCAGUAAAUAAUUAUUAGAAUGUCGGUAGAAUCAUGAGAUAAUGCUGGUUUUAGGUUGUACUUUGUAGUCCGCCAAAACAAAGCCAUUGUUUUGACUACUCCGGAUCUGACUUAACGAACCACGUGAUUGUUAGAGAUAACCGUUAUCGGUAGGAGUUUUAUUUUUCCUGUGCUAUUCACCUAUACUGUAAUUGUAACCUAUAAGCCUUGAGCACUCUCGUUCCCUCUCCCCACCAGAUCCCCAGCCAGCGUUACAUCACUUCUUUCCAGCCUCGCCUAGCCAACGGCCGCCAGUUCUAGUUCCUCGAGUGUGCCGACAUCCACUCCAGCCGCCGCAAGCGAGGGGACACACCCAACCCCUCCUACCAGGCCCUACCACUACCUCUGCAGCGAACGCGUUUGUUGUCUGAUGGACAAGGGGAUGGCGUUCCGUUACCUGAGGGCGGUGCACCCUACCCGGAUCGGGGGUGUAGCUAGACAGGGCCUGGGAGGUGUGCUGCUGCCUGGCCUGCCUUCUUCACCGCCCUCAGGGAGUCAAAUAGGUCCAAGACCAAGGGCCUCUGUUACAAAUAUCUCUGCGAGCAGGCCCAGACCAACUACCUCCAUGAGGAGGCCCAAGCUACCACCUACAUGUGAGGAGGCCCAGACUUCAACUAAAAGCUGCGUGGGCCUCCUGAAAGAUGUUUUUU